AGAAAAGGAGCGGAAUCUUUGAAGAAAUCAAAACAUAAACAGCAAGCUUAUAGGAAAGAGACGGAAAUUUUCUUUCUUCGUGAAUCCUGAAAGAACCUAAGACACGGUGUAGGAUAAUGUACGAUAAGUUUGACGUGUUUGUACGACAAUUCCUUGUGACGAAUUUGGCAACGCUGGACUGGUGUCUAUGACGAUUAUGACUUCAGUGGUGUGAUCCGGUUCCGCCAUCUUAUACUGGCGGAUUGACGUUUAUUGUGCUUGUGUUUUGCUUGCGUUUGCUAUUUGUGCAGAAGUAAAAGCCGAUCAAUAUUUUCCAAAAGAGAGUGUAAGCUCCACAUAAUAUUAAAUACAGUUCAUCAGCACACAGCAUGUCUCGUUAUCGUGAAUGGGAGCUGAGCUGCAAGGUUUAUGUCGGAAACCUUGGCUCUUCAGCCAGCAAGCAUGAAAUAGAAAGUGCUUUCAGUAAAUAUGGACCAUUGCGAAAUGUCUGGGUGGCUAGAAAUCCUCCAGGAUUUGCCUUUGUGGAAUUUGAAGAUCCCAGAGAUGCUCAAGAUGCUGUUAGAGGGUUAGAUGGAACCCGCUGUUGUGGUACCAGAGUUCGAGUUGAAAUGUCGAAUGGCAGAUCCAGACGAGGAGGUGGCAGGAGAGGAGGAUCUCGUUAUUCAAGGUCAAGAUCUCCACGCAGAUCUCGCAGCCCCCGAUCCAGAUCUCGUUCCAGAGAUUCGAGAGGCAGAUCGGACUCCAGAGAUAGACGAUAAGUUCACAGAAAACGGAUCAAAAGUCCCUGUUUUUAUUUUAUAAGUUCUACGUUUGACGGAAUGGAUAUUUGCAACAUAUUUGAUUGACAUUUCUUUUAUUUUAUCCAGUAACACGUGUGCGUGACAGUAUUAUAAAGAUACGGUUAUAAGCAUCUCAAUGGAACUGUAGUUUGAAUUCACUGUUUAUUAUUGAUGAAAAUCAUGAUUCACAUCAGUCAAUUUUGCUGAUUUGGAUUAAAUGAUCUAUGAUUCUAUUAUUACAAAAAUGAAUGAAUAAGUUUAUACUUUUUUAACUUAAUUUUCGGAUGUACUAUUGUGUAUACUUUAUUUUCUAUAAUAUUUGUGCUAUAGAAUAGUGUUAUACUUUUUCAUUGUGAAACCUCAGCGAACAAAAUAAAUCUUGUUCUUAUCAACGUGUUUCAGUGGAAAGGCUAUACGUGAC